GCAUUUGCUGCUUUAAGUUGAUUAUAAAAUCAGUUCAAGGGUUUGCUAUGCCGGCAAGGUCACAGCCAGAGGGGGCAGUGAACUUUGGACUACAGCUGGAUAGAGAGGUAAACAACAGGACUAUAAAUAUCAAGGCUUUUGGCUGUGGAGCUGCGGAGCUGAGUAAAGAGAAAGGACACAGACUGAUCCGAAGGGGUUCUGACAACCCCAGCAAUGUGGAAAAGCCUGGGGCUUGCCCUGGCUCUCUGUCUUCUCCCUUGGGGAAGAACAGAGAGCCAGGGACAAAGCUCCUUUUGUAAGCAGCCUCCAGCCUGGAGCAUAAGGGAUCAAAAUCCCAUGCUAAACUCAAAUGGUUCAGUGACCGUGGUUGCUCUUCUUCAAGCCAGCUGAUACCUGUGCAUCCUGCAGGCAUCCAGAUUGGAAGACCUGCGAGUAAAACUGGAGCAACAAGGAUAUUUGAACAUCUCUUAUGUUGUUGUUAAUCAUCAAGGACUCCCUUCUCAAUUAAAAUAUAUGCAUCUUAAAAAUAAAGUUUCAGAACAUAUUCCUGUUUAUCAACAAGAAGAAAACCAAACAGAUGUCUGGACUCUCUUAAAUGGGAACAAAGAUGACUUUUUCAUAUAUGACAGAUGUGGCCGUCUCGUAUACCAUCUUGGUUUGCCUUACUCCUUCCUAACUUUCCCAUAUGUAGAAGAAGCCAUUAAGAUUGCUUACUGUGAAAAGAAAUGUGGAAACUGCUCUCUCAUGACACCGGAAGAUGAAGACUUCUGUAAAAUUGUAUCUUCAGCUACCAUGGGAAAUACAACUGAGGCUCCACGGCCACAUCACCACCACCGCCAUCCCCACCCCCACCCCCACCCCCACCACCAUCACCAUCAUAAUCAUGAGCAUGGGCAUCAGCGUCAUGGGAAUGGUGAGCUUUCAGAGAACCAGAAACCAGAAGCACCAGCUGCUACUGAGCAACUCCCUUCUCAAGUCCCUCAUCACCACGACAAGCACAUUGACCACCAAAGAGAGGGCCAUUCAGAGGACUGAGACAUGCCAGCAGGAGGUGAAAGUUUGCAACUUUCUGUCCUACAACAGAAGCUCUGACGAAAGGGAUGUAUAAAUCAGUUACACUGCAAAUUGCCCAAAGAUUCAGAGUUAGCUCCUAGCAGCUGAUGCUGACACUGACGGCAUCUGAUAUUUGAAAAAACAGAGUCUGCAAUCACCUGACAAUGUAAAGAAAACCUUCCCUCUUUAUGUAGUUGACAGGGACUCUGGGCAGAGGAGAACGUCAUUGAAUCUUGACAGUGACGUUUGCCUCCAGCUGCCUGACAUGCAAGUCAGCAGCUCAAGCCCACAGAGGUCAGCACCAGUUGAAGCUGAAAAUAUAAGUCCCAAAUAUGAAAAUGACCUUCAUACUAAAUAUUUUAAACAGGAUUAUACUCCCCAAGUCAGUCUAGACAAUUUCAUUUCCAGUACUUUUAUAUGCUACCUAAUUAUCAGUGAUCUAAAAAUAAGAAUUGGAUUUAUACAAAACAUGCAGAAAUCUAUUAUAUUGGCUUCCUAAUUUUAAAAUUUAAGUCAAAGAAAUUUUGACCCAAACCAAAUUCUUAUUAUUUUAUUAUAAAGGUGAUUGCAGCACUUGGUUAAUAUGUUUUUCUUUUUCUUUUUCCAGCAUUCUACUUGCAUUAAUGAGAACAGAGGCAUAAACUAUGACCUAGGGGUUUCUGUUGGAUAGUUAGCAAUUUAGAAUGGAGAAAGAACAACAAAGACAUAUUUUCCAUUUUUUUCUUUACUUAUUUCUCAAAAAAACCCUUUAUUUUUCUUUUUAAUCUUACAUUUUUAACUGAUUAAAUUUUAUAAAGAACAGUGAAUUCUAUCUUUUUAGGUUCCAGAAGUACUAACACAUGAAUAUUUCGUUAUGACUACAUUUUAAAUAUGCAUUUAUACUUUGUAUGUCUAAGGGUCAUAUCUUGAUUUUUACUAUCACAUAUGUAUGAAACCCUUAUGUCUUAUUUUCUUUAUCUAGCAUUAUUACAUCACACCUUUAAAAUUUGAGAUAGUCUCUCUUGAAAGAUGUAAUGGAGAAGGUAAAAGAAUGUUGUCUGGCUCUUGAUUGCUUAGAAAGUAUUUCCAUAGUCAAUGAUGGUUCAGUAGGUAAACUAAGUCCUAUAAACCUGAACUCCUCUAUGGUUCAUACUAUUGAGCAAGAAUGUAGUACACAGUGGGCCAAAUGUGGAUUUGUUUAAAUAAACUCAAUUUAAAAUAUUUAAA